UGUGCGAACUCAGUCUGCUGUUGGCCUCCGCUGCACUGCGUCUGUGAGUGCUGCUGUCAUUGAUCAGGACUCGAUACCCUAUUUACGACCACAGCGAAGGACAGGCCCGGCACACAGCAGACAGACUCCCGUAGUUCCUUCAGUCCGUAACGUGGAUCAGGCGCGUAGAAAAAAAUAAGACAAUAAAUUAAUACAUUGAGGGGGAAAUAUAAGAUUGGAAAAAAUAUGGCCACUGACACAGCACAAGAGGUCAUGGAAACGGCCUUUGAAACUGCCAGCGAGGCACUUCGAGCUGGCACUACCGAGGCCCUGAGACUCGCCAACAGCACAGAGCAAGGGCGCGAGCUGGUGGAAAUGACUGGCACUGCCCUAGAACAAGCAGGAAACGUGCUUCAGGAUGCUGGCAAAGCUCUGAAGGACCUGCCUGCCGUAGCUGCGUCAGAAGUCAAACCCAAAAGUAUGCUGGAGGAAUACGCCCCCGUGAUGGGCGGAGUCGUGGCGGCGGCGGCGGUGGUGGCAGCGACCUACUACUUGACACGACCUCCCUCCGUGCCGCCGCAGGUCGACCUCGAUGCACAAAGCCAUGUCAUCAAAGAGGGCGCCGAGCUCAUCCGGGUAUCCAGACUCACGAAGGAGGCGCGGGAGGGGAAGUUUAUGAAGUUCUUAUACGAAGACACAAGGACACUCUACGACGUUUUCCGCAGAGGCGUCAGAGAGUCCAACAACGGCCCUUGCCUCGGCUGGAGAGAAGGCCCGGGCAAACCGUACCAAUGGCUGCACUACAACGAGGCACUCCUUCGGGCCAAGAACUUCGGCGCAGGUCUGGUCGCCAGCGGCCUGCCUUCGGGACCUGAGACCUUCGUCGGAAUUUAUUCGCAGAACUGCCCCGAGUGGAUUCUGACGGAGCAAGGCCUCUACUGCCAGUCCAUGGUGAUCGUCCCUCUCUACGACACGUUGGGACCUGAGGCUUGCAACUUCAUCAUUAAUCAAGCCUCCAUCACGACCGUGGUUUGCCAAGACGACCGCAAGAUGAGCCAGCUCCUCCAGAACCCUCCCAAAUGCCUCAAGAUGCUCGUGGCCAUGAAGGACGUGACGCCGGAGACAGCCGAGAGAGCCAAGAAGCUGGGCAUCGCCAUUAAGUUCUUCGAGCAGAUCGAGAGCCUCGGGGCGGCCAGCGACAUACCGGAGUUGCCACCACAACCAGACGAUCUCUGCACGAUCUGUUAUACGUCUGGCACCACCGGCCAUCCCAAGGGAGUAAUGCUCUCUCACGAAAACGUUGUUGCAGAUGUGUCGGCCACGCUUUUGCAACUUGCAGAACACAAACCACACAAGAGCGACGUGAUGAUCUCGUUCCUGCCGCUGGCCCACAUGCUCGAACGCUGUUGCGAGGUGGCCGUCUAUAUCGCGGGAGGCGCCGUCGGGUUCUUCUCAGGCGACAUCCGCAACCUCGCCGACGACUACAAGGCCCUACGACCCACCAUCACCCCGUCGGUCCCUCGGCUCAUGAACAGGGUGUACGACAAGGUGACCACGUCGGUCAACGGGUCGUCCUUCAAGAAACUCAUGCUGAAGAUGGCCAUCGCGAGUAAGAAGUCCGACUUGGAGAGGGGAGUGGUCAGAAGAUCGUCAAUCUGGGACAAGCUGGUGUUCAAGAAGGUCCAAGACGGCAUGGGGGGACGACUCCGCCUCCUGGUCGUGGGUUCGGCUCCUCUGGCUGGCAACGUCCUCACCUUCAUGAGAGUCGCGCUUGGCUGUGUGAUAGUAGAAGGCUAUGGACAAACAGAGUGUGGAGCCCCAUCAACGCUUACUAUCCAGGGAGACUACCGACCCGACCACGUAGGCCCACCCAUCGCCUGCAAUGCUAUUAAACUGGUGGAUGUGCCCGACAUGGAUUACUACGCUGCUCAAGGACAAGGUGAAGUGUGCAUCAAGGGCUCCAAUGUAUUCAAAGGAUACUUCAAGGAUCCCGAUAAGACCAAGGAGGCGGUGGAUGCUGGAGGAUGGCUUCACACAGGAGACAUUGGCCAGUGGCUGCCGAGUGGGACCCUGAAGAUUAUCGACCGCAAGAAACACAUCUUCAAGCUGUCCCAGGGUGAAUACAUCGCUCCCGAGAAAAUCGAAAAUAUAUACGUGAGAUCGCAGUAUGUCGCGCAGGUCUUCGUCCAUGGAGAGAGUUUGAAGUCGUGUGUCGUGGCCAUCAUAGUGCCAGAGGUGGAGGCGGUGAAAAAUUGGGCGCGGGAGCAGGAAAUUCCCGGCACGCUAUCUGUCCUGUGCGCCAACCCCCACGUGAAACAGCUGAUUAUGGACGAUAUCGUGAAUCUUGGCAAACAGGCUGGGCUCAAGUCUUUCGAACAGGUGAAGGACAUCUACCUCCACCCUGACCUCUUCAGCGUGCAGAACGGCCUCCUGACCCCGACCUUGAAAUCCAAGCGACCUCAACUCAAAAAGUAUUUCACGCCCCAAAUUGACGACAUGUAUGCUAAGCUCGCCUAAAUAAUAAAAGAAUAAAUAAAUAAAUAAAAAGUAUGUGAAAGAGAGCUGGAAAUAUGGUUAAGGGUGUGACUGGGAGGAUGAAUAUAUAUAUACGGAAAAUGAAGGUAAAUUCGGGUGUUCAGUGUGCGUGUAUAUAUGAGUAUGGAACUAAUUGACUUGUGCCUCAAUAAUGUUCUUUCUAUCCAAGAGAACUUUAGAUGACUACUUAAUUAGAAGUGAGUUUCGAAUGAUCCUCUAGAUAACUUAGAUAAAUUGACUGCGUAUGACGGCGGCCGUCUUUGAUAAUAUGAAAAUAAAAAGAAAGUUUAAUAUUCAUGUUAUGUCUGCAAAAUAGACGGCAUCACAGUGGUCGUGGUUAUAUAGCUUGUAAUAUAAACUGUUUUCUUUUUGGCACCUACUCUGUAUCAUUUGGCUAAAGGAGAUAGAACCUUUGGUUCCUCAAAAAAUGCAAAUGCAGUGGAAAGUUUGUUAUAAUAAUAAUAAAAAAGGAAUAUUAAUAUACAGAAGUGAUUCGUCUUUUCUCUAUUAGAGACUGAGGAAAAGUCUGUUUGAUAAAAAAAAGGAAACUUUAUUGUGAUUUUUAAAAUAUAUCGGUGCAUUGUCAGUGCAAUUACAGAGGGAUUGGAUUCCCCUCAGUUUAUACUAUAGCAAGCAUUAUUUAUAAAGUUGUUUUUUUGUUUAAGUUUAUGAUGCGAAUGUGCUUAUUGGAUCUUCAUUUCCGUUGAAUAGAUUACUAGGUUUUAGAUGUACAGUGCAUCUAGUUUUGUAUUCAUAUAACAGAUUUACAAAACAAAAAAACUUGUAUAUCAUUCAAUUUGAUAGUUGUAAAUUCAUAUCAAUAUAUCACUCUUUUAAUCCUACCUGUAAAGCAAGCAACUGUCUCGUCAGAUAUCCAGUAAUAUUAUAAAUACUUAUGUUAUGGUAAUGCAAAGUAAUGUCUGUUAUAUAUAUAAAAAAACAGUAUUUCUAGUCAAGUUUUGAACCAGCUGAUGGGGCGCUCAGCCUCCGGUGCUCAACUUAUGUGGUUGUAAUAAAAACGUUUUACUCAAACGUUCUUGAUUUUAGGGUAAUAGAAAUCUUUGAAAAAAAUGUAAGUCUACCAUAACAACCCAUUUUCUUUUUUAUAUAUAUGUGAAGACGUGAAUAUAACUUCUUUUUUUCUGUUUGUGUUUAAUAUUGGGGGAAGAAAUACUCAUUGUUGAUAAUUUUAGUUUGUACUUCUGUAUACAAUAGUUGUUGCUGGGGGUAACUAUGGGAGCAGUAGUGCAUUAAUAUUAUUAGGAAAAGGAUGGAAAAAAGUGCUUUUAUUGCCAUGCUUUCGUAUAUUUACAGAAUAGAAGUUUACGAUUAUCACUCUCCUUACAUUGCCAGUUAGUGCUUAAAUAUUCACUCUUGCUGUUCAUCAGUUGCAAUUUUAUAAUCAUUCAUAUGUGAAUUAUGUAUGGUAUAUAUAUAUAUAUAUAUAUAUAUAUAUAUAUAUAUAUAUAUAUAUAUAUAUAUAUAUAUAUAUAUAUAUAUAAUAUAUUCAGUUUCAAGUUUUGUUAAAGGGAAUGAUUAUGUUUUGUAAUUCCGAGCAAUAACAGGGUGAUUAUUGAAACCUAAUUAUUUUCACCUACAAUUAAGAUGUCCGUUUAGUUAUUUACAGCUCGAAGUGGUCAUUUAGCCUUCAUCAUGUCUUAAGGAAAGGCUGCAUUAAUUAAUCACGGAAGCGGUUUCAAUUCUGCUUAACUGUGAGGAAAUCGAGAGACCAAGACUUAGUAUUAAAAUGGGGGAAAAAGAAGUUUGUAGAAAGUUAUCAUUAUUCUUUAUAUUUUUUGAAAGAGAAAAAUCCAUCCUGUGUGAAUACAUUCUUCAUUAUCAGAAGAAUUAUUCACACAUUUAGAUAUAUUAUUUGAAAAGAAAUGUGUCAUAUAUGCAAUCUACGUAUAAAACCAAAAUUUCUCUCUGUCAAAACCGUACUUCUUACUGGCCAUAUCUAACAAAAAAAUUACAUAUUACAAAAAAAAGUAAAAAAAUCCAUUGUAUUAAAUACUACCACGCCUGAACGCAGAGCAAAUACACUGCAUGAAAUUAA